UCCAAUUUCUUUUUACAGUCAGUUCAGUUGGAAAUCUCCGCGCUGCCCUUGAGAUCUUUGAAGAAAGUCCAGCAAGCCAAGGACUCCAGCAAUGGAGACACCUGCUCAUUCUAGUGUAAUCAAGUGGCUGCUUUGGGUACUCCUAGUGUGCUUCUCCAGCACGGCACAGCUGCACAAAGACCCCAGCCUGGACCGCCACUGGCAUCUCUGGAAGAAGACCUACAGCAAACAGUACAAGGAAAAGAAUGAAGAGGCUGCCCGGCGUCUUAUCUGGGAAAAGAAUCUGAAGUUGGUGACACUUCACAACCUGGAGUACUCAAUGGGAAUGCAUUCAUAUGAUCUCAGCAUGAACCACCUGGCCGACAUGACCAGUGAAGAAGUGUUGUCUUCGAUGACUUCUCUGAGAAUUCCCAGCCAAUGGUCGAGCAAUGUCACUUUCAAGUCAAACUCUAGUAAGAAGUUGCCAGAUUCAGUGGACUGGAGAAAGAGCGGUUGCGUUACUGAUGUGAAAUAUCAAGGUUCCUGCGGGUCCUGCUGGGCCUUCAGUGCCGUUGGGGCCCUGGAAGCGCAGCUGAAGCUGAAAACGGGCAAGCUGGUGUCUCUCAGUGCUCAAAAUUUAGUGGAUUGCUCAACGGCGAAAUAUGGGAACUUAGGCUGUGAAGGUGGCUUCAUGACACGGGCUUUCCAAUACAUCAUCGACAAUAAUGGCAUCGAUUCAGACGCCUCCUACCCCUACAUAGCCAAGGCUGGACAGUGCAAGUAUGACUCAAAAAACCGUGCUGCCACGUGCUCCGGAUACGUUGAACUUCCCUCGGGCAGCGAAGAGGCCUUGAAAGAAGCUGUGGCCAAUAAAGGACCUGUGUCUGUUGCUAUCGAUGCAAGUCAUUCUUCUUUCUUCCUCUACCGAAGUGGUGUCUACUAUGAACCGAACUGCACUCAGGAGGUGAAUCAUGGAGUACUAGCGAUUGGCUAUGGUAACGCUGACGGGAAAGACUACUGGCUUGUGAAAAACAGCUGGGGCCUCUACUUUGGUGAAAAAGGAUAUAUUCGGAUGGCAAGAAAUCAUGGAAAUCAUUGUGGGAUUGCCAGUUACUGCUCUUACCCAGAAAUCUAAGAGAAUCUCUCUGCAUAAUCACUAAGCAAGAAUGACAGAGCACUUCCUUUGUUUUUCAUGCUGCAUCCAGAAAAAAGAAGUUCCAUGAUCAACAAGCGUACUAAUCAGAAAAUGUAGCUUGAUUCUUCACUUCUUAUACUUAGUGGAACAAACUUUGCUAAGUCACUAAUGAUAUACUACAGAGAAAACUGCAUGAGGAUUGUAAGGCAAUACGCUGUAUUUGUCCUUGUUUUAUUUUGCACUCUUUAAGUCCCCUAACAGUCUUUUGUAACUUAAUAGCUGAAAAAUGUUUAAUAAAUGUGUCAUUUUAAACUUC